GGGCCUUGUGAAACUUGAAGCUAGCAGUUCUGGCUUCAAAUCGGGCAGCUGGACAGGGUCAGCUGGUGGACUGGGUCUGGCCAUUGAAGCCCCAUUCACAUAUAGCAACCAUGAGGCCCAGGACUGGGGCCCCACCUAUGAACUAGAGGCCCAGAUUUCUCCUUGGCAAGGCAGACGGGGGGCUCCAGAACCAGAUUUGGCAAACGCUAGGAGUCCCUGUACUCCUCAAGAAGAGCAUCCCAACCCCAAAGGGCCAGGGCCUUAUGGGGAUGAGAACUCUGCACCACCAGAACAGAAGAGGAAGGAGAUACAACAGCAGCCGCUGCCGCCACUGCCACUGCCUGGAAAAGAGCUCCCAGCAGUCAUGCUGCUGAAUGGGGAUUGUCUGGACAAGAAGAGCGAGGAACCUAAGGAGAAUGGACAUGAGGAGGCUGAGCCCAGUGAUGAGGCCAGCGGGCAGGAGGUCAUCGUCAUCCAGGACACCGGCUUCACAGUCAAGAUCUUGGUCCCCGGGAUCGAGCCUUUCUCCUUGCAGGUUUCUCCCCAAGAGAUGGUCCAGGAGAUUCACCAGGUGCUGAUGGAUCGGGAGGACACCUGCCACCGCACUUGUUUCUCUUUGCAACUGGAUGGCAAUGUGCUUGACAACUUCUCAGAGCUCCGUACCAUCGAGGGGCUGGAGGAGGGCUCUGUGCUCCGGGUGGUAGAAGAGCCGUAUACUGUACGGGAAGCCCGAAUCCACGUGCGCCACAUCCGAGACCUGCUGAAGAGCCUGGAUCCCUCUGAUGCCUUCAAUGGGGUGGACUGCAACUCCCUCUCCUUCCUGAGCGUUUUCACAGAUGGUGACCUAGGAGAUAGUGGGAAGCGGAAGAAGAAAGGCAUUGAAAUGGAGCCCAUAGACUGCACGCCACCUGAGCACAUCCUUCCUGGGAGCAAGGAUCGGCCCCUGUGUGCGCUGCAGCCCCAGAAUCGAGAUUGGAAGCCUCUGCAGUGUCUGAAGGUGCUCACCAUGAGUGGCUGGAACCCCCCACCUGGGAACCGGAAAAUGCACGGGGAUCUCAUGUACCUGUUUGUGAUCACGGCCGAGGACCGACAUGUUAGCAUCACGGCCUCCACUCGAGGCUUUUACCUGAACCAGUCCACAGCAUACAACUUCAACCCCAAGCCUGCCAGCCCCCGAUUCCUGAGCCAUUCCUUGGUGGAGCUGCUCAACCAGAUCAGUCCAACCUUCAAAAAACACUUUUCUCUGCUGCAGAAGAAAAGGGUCCAGCGCCAUCCUUUCGAGAGGAUCGCCACCCCGUUCCAGGUUUACAGCUGGACGGCCCCCCAGGUGGAACAUGCCAUGGACUGUGUGCGGGCCGAGGAUGCCUACACGUCUCGGCUGGGCUAUGAAGAGCAUAUCCCUGGCCAGACCCGAGACUGGAAUGAGGAGCUGCAGACAACAAGGGAACUCCCUCGCAAGAACCUUCCUGAGCGGCUGCUGAGAGAACGUGCCAUCUUUAAGGUCCACAGCGACUUCACAGCAGCGGCCACCCGGGGGGCCAUGGCAGUCAUUGAUGGCAACGUCAUGGCCAUCAACCCCAGUGAGGAGACCAAGAUGCAGAUGUUCAUUUGGAACAACAUCUUCUUCAGCCUGGGCUUCGAUGUCCGAGACCACUACAAAGACUUCGGUGGGGACGUGGCCGCGUAUGUGGCCCCCACCAAUGACCUGAACGGGGUGCGCACUUACAAUGCCGUAGAUGUCGAGGGCCUCUAUACACUGGGCACGGUGGUGAUAGACUACCGGGGGUACCGCGUCACGGCCCAGUCUAUCAUCCCCGGCAUCCUCGAGCGGGAGCAGGAGCAGAGCGUCAUCUACGGUUCCAUUGACUUUGGCAAGACUGUGGUGUCCCACCCGCGUUACCUGGAGCUCCUGGAAAAGACGAGCCGGCCUCUGAAGAUCCAGAGGCACCGUGUGCUCAACGACCGCGACGAGGAGGUGGAACUCUGCUCCUCCGUCGAGUGCAAGGGCAUCAUCGGCAACGACGGCCGCCACUACAUCCUGGACCUGCUGCGCACCUUCCCUCCCGACCUCAACUUCCUGCCUGUGGCUGGCGAGGAGCUGCCCGAGGACUGCCGGCGGGCCGGGUUCCCCAAGUCCCACCGCCACAAGCUCUGCUGUCUGCGUCAAGAGCUGGUGGACGCAUUUGUGGAGCACAGGUACCUCCUCUUCAUGAAGCUGGCCGCCAUUCAGCUCAUGCAGCACAAAGCCAACAGGGCUGAGAGCCCAGGCCCCCUAGAGAAUGGUACUUCAGAGGCCAGGGCUUCGGUGACGCCAGAGGCUGCGGAGGCUGCAGGAGAGGAAGGGGCGAGCGGCCUGGCCAAGGUGAAGGAGCUUGCCGAGACCAUCGCCUCCGACAGCGGCCCAGCAGUGGACCCCAAGAGCCGGGAGGUGAUCCAGAACGCCUGUAAAGCCGUGGGCUCUGUCAGCAGCACCUCCUUUGAUAUCCGCUUCAAUCCUGACAUCUUCUCACCAGGGGUGAGAUUCCCCGAGUCCUGCCAGGAUGAAGUUCGGGACCAGAAACAGCUGCUGAAAGACGCCGCAGCCUUCUUGCUGUCCUGCCAGAUUCCUGGCCUGGUGAAAGACUGCACAGACCACACGGUGCUGCCCAUGGAUGGGGCCACAUUGGCAGAGGCCAUGCACCAGCGUGGCAUUAAUAUCCGCUACCUGGGCAAGGUGCUGGACUUUGUGCUCAGGAGCCCAGCCCGCCCUCAGCUGGACCACAUCUAUAAAAUUGGCAUUAGCGAGCUCAUCACGCGGUCUGCCAAGCACAUCUUCAAGACCUACCUUCAGGGUGUGGAGCUCUCCGGCCUCUCAGCAGCCAUCAGCCACUUCCUGAACUGCUUCCUGAGUUCCUUCCCCAACCCUGUGGCUCACCUCCCUGCUGAUGAGCUUGUCUCCAAGAAGAAGAACAAGAGGAGAAAAAACCGGCCCCCAGGAGGAGCGGACAACACAGCCUGGGCCGUCAUGACCCCCCAGGAGCUCUGGAAGGACAUCUGCCAGGAGGCCAAGAAUUACUUUGAUUUUGACCUGGAGUGUGAGACCGUUGACCAGGCUGUGGAGACCUUCGGACUGCAGAAGAUAACCCUCCUCCGCGAGAUCUCCCUGAAAACGGGGAUCCAGAUCUUACUGAAGGAAUACAGCUUUGACAGCAGGCACAAGCCGGCCUUCACCGAGGAGGACGUCCUCAACAUCUUCCCUGUGGUCAAGCACGUCAACCCCAAGGCCUCGGACGCCUUCCACUUCUUCCAGAGUGGCCAGGCCAAAGUACAGCAGGGCUUCCUGAAGGAGGGCUGCGAACUCAUCACGGAGGCCCUGAACCUCUUCAACAACGUGUACGGGGCCAUGCACGUGGAGAUCUGUGCCUGCCUCCGGCUCCUGGCCCGACUUCACUACAUCAUGGGGGACUACGCAGAGGCCUUAAGUAACCAGCAGAAGGCAGUGCUGAUGAGUGAGCGGGUGCUGGGCAUCGAGCACCCCAACACCAUCCAGGAAUACAUGCACCUGGCCCUGUACUGCUUCGCCAGCAGCCAGCUGUCCACGGCCCUGAGCCUCCUGUACCGGGCCCGCUACCUCCUGCUGCUCGUCUUUGGGGAGGACCAUCCCGAGAUGGCUCUGCUGGAUAACAACAUCGGCCUGGUGCUGCACGGGGUCAUGGAGUACGAGCUGGCGCUGCGUUUCCUGGAGAACGCGCUGGCCAUCAACGCCAAGUACCACGGGGCCAAGUCCCUCAAGGUGGCCCUCAGUCACCACCUGGUCGCCCGGGUCUACGAGAGCAAAGCCGAGUUCCGGUCGGCGCUGCAGCACGAGAAGGAGGGCUACACCAUCUACAAGAGCCAGCUCGGCGAGAACCACGAGAAGACCAAGGAGAGCUCCGACUACCUGAAGUGCCUCACCCAGCAGGCCGUGGCCCUGCAGCGCACCAUGAACGAGAUCUACCGCAACGGCUCCAGCGCCAACAUCGUGCCGCUCAAGGUCACCGCCCCCAGCAUGGCCAGCGUCCUGGAGCAGCUUCACAUUAUCAACGGGAUCCUCUUCAUUCCCCUCAGCCAAAAAGAUCUGGAGAACCUGAAGGCUGAGGUGGUGCGGCGGCACCAGCUUCAAGAAACCAGCAAGGCCUCCGCGAGGGAUGCAGACGCCGCCGCCGCCGGUGUUGCCGCCGAGUCUCGAGAGGAGGCCAAGUCCAGCCUCUCGCCGGGGGGCGACCCCCCUGCCUUGAGCUCAGUGUGAUGUUCCUGGGGCAGAGGGAGAACCUGGACACUCACCCCUCCCCCCCCAGCGAUCGGCAGAGGGCAGGUAGAGGCCGAGCCCGCCGCCCGGGGAAGGGGCCCCCCUCCUCCCGAGCACCUCGGCCCCCCACAAAAAUGUUCUUGCACUGGUACAAUUAAUACACAAUGCAAAGUCCUUCUUGGAGACCUAUAAUUGGAUGGAGCGUGAGCAUGCAGCCAUGGCCGGGGCAGCGGGCAGGGGCAGCCUCUGUCCCCCCCUUUUCCCGCCUAUCACUAACCGGUCCCCCCUUUCUCCCGUGUACAUAGCCCCAACUUGUUUCCCCAAAUGGACUCUUGUGGAGAUGAGAUUGUUUCUCAGGUCAUUUGUAUGCUUGACAUAAGGACGCUGCUGCUUGUCGCCGCCGCCGCCUCCGGAGGGUCUGCCCGCCCUCAGCCUGGCCACCCAGGUUCCAAGCCAAAACGAGGGGGAUUCCUUUCUCUGCCGUCCCCUCGCGCCACCCCGGGGCCCCCUCUGUGCCUGGGAGGGCCGGGGCUAUCUUAGCUUUUCUGCUUUAGGAAAGAGCCAUCGCCAUCUCCGCAGCAUCGUGUCAUUGUGCCGACGCUACUCCUGGGGCGUCCUCGACCCGCUUCGGGGCCUGGUCGUCUGCGCUGUCUCCAUCCCGCCCCCCCAUCCGUCCAUAGUGCCUCCUGAGGUGCUGAGGAGUGUCCCCGCGCCCAGCUCCAAUACGCACAGUCCCAUUCCUGCCCCCCUCCAAAGCUAGUGAACGAGCACCCCCUCUUCGCCGACUCCGGGCCCUUGGGGGGGGACGCUGGGGGAGGCGGGGCUUUCAACGUGAAUGUAUCUUUCUACCCCCACCCUUUCCCCCCCAGCUGUUCAAUGAGGGGAGGGGGGCAGUUACUGGUGAGGGGAGAACCUAGGAGGGAACCAGGGCCGAAUCAUGGGUCUGGGGAAGUCACCCCCCGCCCCCCUGGAACAGAGAAUUGUCGCUGCCUGCCUCGGUGGUCCUCUGUCUCUUGCUGAUCAUGGUUGCUCGAGGAUGUCCGUGCUGGGACAGGGGAGCCGGGGGCCGCUUGCCCUCCUCCUUCGUGUUGGCCUGUUAAGGGGAGUGGGGUGUGUAUGUGAAGAGGGUGGUCUGGGCUGGGCAAACCACCUGCUCCCCCUCCACUUGUAGCCCCAGGGCCGAGGGCCUCACAGGUCCAGUCCAUCCAACCGCCUUGUUUCAAAAAUCAAAGUGUAAGAGAGCGAAUGUGAGCGAGAAAGUGAGUGUGAGCGUGUCCCCACAAGCUGAUCAAGAACUCGGUUUUCUUGUUUUUAAACCAUCACAUCUUCGUUUCACAUUGGAAUAAAGUGAAUUUUUGAAACCUGC